AUGGCCCUCACUGCCUCCGCAGCAUCCAUCCCCCAGCCCAUUCCCCAGGUCACCCUCCGCAUCUUCAACGACCAAACCGGUGUCAGCGCCGACACCACCGUCCCCGCUGACGGCACCGUCGUCACCAUCCCUGCCCGCUUCACCGGCAGCGCCCUCGACAGCGGCAACGGCAACAUCCUGGGCACUUCGGCCCAACUCGUCCAGUUCGAGGACACCACCAAGUGCAAGCUUGCCAACCUCAACAUCCCCAGCUGGAUCAUUGAGCUCGAUGGCCGCGCAAAGAACUUUGCUGAUCUCGAUGGAGAUGUCACCAAGCCUGUUCCUACCUGGCUCAAUGGAUUCCAGUUUUCUUGUGUCAGGGCUUAG